GUUCUUUCAAGCGAGACAAACAUUAAAGUGACAUAACAAUGAUAUAUUUUACAGAUUUGCGAGAAGCUUUUAGCCUGUUUAUAAAAAGCAAGCCAGGCAAAGUGGCAGCAAAUGACAUUGGUGCAUUGCUCAAGACUGUGGGCCAGAGCUGUACUGACGAGGAACUUCAUGCUAUCAUUACGCAAGCAAGCGAAGGUAAAUAAUUAUAUAUUCGUAGACUGAAUUGCUAUCGCUGAUCUCAAAAGCAGACUGGUAAAGCAUCUGCUAUGCAUAAAUAAAGCAAUGACCAUAGAGCCAUACUGGCUGUGACUAUCUGGAAUACAUUUCGACUGAAGGCUUGCGUGGCAAAUUGAACGCUGACCUAUGAAAAACACUGAGUAAAACAGCACUAAGAAAUGGGACAGAUUUAAAUCUCUCCUGAAAAAUAUGAUGGCUUUAAAAUCCUGUUUAAACGGAUCCAAUAUUGUUGGGCCAACAUCAUCCAACAUUGUUGAAAUAAUGGCCCAAACGGCUUCUUUUUCAAAUAUUUUUGUCAAGACUAGGUUUGGAGUUUGAGUAAAGCUUAUCUAACCAAAAAGAUUUGAAAGAGAAGCAGUCAUAUCUAUUAUAGUAACAUUGUUGGAUGAUGUUGGUCCAACAAUGUUAAACAGGCCUUUAGACUAAUUUUGGAUUUAGACAAAAAAAAAAGUAAAUUCCCGUAAAGAACUUAUCAAAAUCAGUAUAAAAAUGCAAAAUUUGGUUACGAAAUGUUGUAAAAUACAGAAAAUAUAGCCUUGCGAAGUUUGCAUAUUUUCAGUAUGUCUGUAUAUACGUGCGGAAAUUGUUACCAUUUUUGAGCCGAAAAUGGUAACAAUUCCGCACGUAAUACAAAUAUACUGAAAAUAUGCAAACUUCGCAAGGCUAUAUUUUCUGUAUUUUACAACAUUUCGCAACCAAAUUUUGCAAUUUUACGAAUUUCACUACGUUCUUUUUAACUGUUGUGUUUGAUUCCCUUCUCUUUACUUAGAUUAAAAUUUAGUCUAACAUGCAAGUUGUCCAUUAAUUCCCUGAAUUCGAAACGUUGUUAUACCUGAAUCUUGAAUAAUCCAAGAUACAGACCUGAAUUGCAAAAAAAUUGAAAUUAAAAUUGAAUUUCAGUGAUCACAGCAUGAAAUCUGAUUGGUUAUACUUAAAAUACCACCGAUAAAAAUCGUAUAAUAUCAAAGCGUUUUGAUGUUGUCCGAUUAAAAUCGAGAAACAAAAAUCGGUUAAAAAUGACACCGCACACACAACGAUUUUGUUACUUUUAGUCAAACGAUUUUUAUCGGCCGACUAAAAUCGCAUCGUGUGCGCCAGGCUUUAACUAGUAUGUUUUUAUCCCAUCACAGAUAAAAAUCUUAUAAGUUUCAAUCAAUUUCUGAGGAUUAUGGAAAACCGUAGACCAGCUCACGAUUUAGAAAGUGAAAUUCAGGAAACGUUCCGACGUUUUGAUAAGGGAGGAAAUGGCCGAAUAUCAAUGAAGGAAUUGCGAAGGAUGAUGGGACAACUUGGUGAACGACUGACCGAUGAUGAACUGGAUGAUAUGAUGAGAGAAGCAGAUUUGAAUGGAGAUGGACAGAUCGACUUCAAAGGUGAAUAUUUUAUUACAUUUAUCAGUGAUAAUGUAAACGCACACUAUCUUUCUUUAUGCUGGAUAACUCUAUCAGUUCCCAACUGUCAAUAUAGCUGUCUACUGCGCGGACAUCAUUUCCUACUUUCAAACCGAGAGUGCCUGGAUACGAAUCCAUAUUCAGGGUGUAUAAAAAAACUGAACAGAUUUGAAGUUGCUCUCAAUUUCGCAAAACAGCUCGUGGUAUCAAGUUUUUGUUGUAUAGAUUCCUUGACUAUACCCAUAAUGUAGAAUAAUGAGAAAAAAUACUCGAACUCAAAUUUUGUAAACCAGGGGGGGGGGUGUUUCUUUUCCAACAAACUAAAAAUGGCUUGCGCACAAUAUUUAAAAGCUUUAAUCGUAUUUUAAGUUAAUGGAUGGAAAAUUUGUUGGGUUUUUAAUUACUGUACAAAAUUUCAGACAACUCGCUUUAAUUUAAUUUAAGCCCUUUAACUAUUCAUUUCUUCCUAAAAAAUCAGCCUUUUGCAUGCUUAAUUAAUGCCUUUACCUACUUUGCAUAUUGCUGCAAUAUGCAAAUUAGGCAAAUGCAACAUAUUGCUGCAAUAUGCCAAUUAGGCAAAGGCAUAAUUACAGAGUAGAGACAUACAGAGACGUAACUAGUGUACCCACUUUUUUUGUGCGCAUGCUCGGCAAGUUACUAGAUGCAUGCAUCUGAUUGGAUAACGAUCUGAUGACGACUCACUUUAAACUUGCUGAGCACGCGCAGUUGAUCAUUUUUCGCCCGGUCGCCUGAAAAAAAGUGGGUACAUGAUAACGUAAUCUUCCGCAGUGUUUACGACGGUCAGUUACGUCUCUGUAUGUCUCUACUCUGUGGCAUAAUUAAGCAUGCAAAAAGCUGAUUUUUUUAGGAAAAAAUGUAAGUUUGCGUGAAUAGUUAAAGAGGCUUAAACUGAAGCAAAUUGUCUGAAAUUUCGUGCAGCAAUUAAACACCCAACACAUUUUUCACCCAUUAACUCAAAAUACGAUUAAAGCUUUUAAAUCUCGUGCGCAAGCCAUUUUUCUGGAAAUAGUAGGGAAAUCCAAUUCUCAUACCAAUUGCAAUUUCAUAUUAAGGAUAUAGUAAGGAAAUAGUAUGGAUACAGCCUAGACCUAGGCCUAAACUCGGCUGGUGAUUAUCGCAAUGGUCAUUUGCCUCGUAAAGGCCUAGUAGAUUUCACAAGUUCUCAAAUUAGCCCCAUAACUUUGUGAUCCGAAAUUGAUCAGAAACCAACAACUAAAGCAAUUUAUACUGUCCAGUAUAGUUAUUACAUUAACUAUAAAAACAUUUUAUGACUAAACUAAGUUCUAUUUUGUAGUAAUAUUUUGACUCAUUUUGACCUUUCGCAACAUAAUAAUAGUGAGCUUCAAACUUUAUGAUAAAAACCCCCGAUUUUCUAGGCGUGUAUACAAAUAAAAAUAGUACGUUUAUACUAUAAAUGAGUUUGUUUUACCUGUAUCGGUUUAAAUUCGCUGUUAAGUUGCAAAUAAUUCUGUUUGAGAACGCAAUAAUUGGGCAUUUCGCAACCAGGGCAGUUUCAGGGCAGUUUUGGCCUUGUUGUUGGGAAAUCCACUAGGCCUUCUAUUUUUUCGCUUGCGUCAUCCUCCGCCCCGCCCCCAAAUCACCUAGUCCCAGUCUUUUCACGUGAAAAAGCGCUAAAUAUUAAAAAAUAAUAAAAAUAGAAGGCCUAGGUCUAGGCUGGUAUGGAUAUACUAUGGAUUUAGUAGCAAAUUCUAUAGUAUGGAUUUAAUUAUUUUUUCCCAGUGUUAAUUUGAAUAAUUUCUCCACCCAUUCUUGCAAAACCAAAAAGUAAAUGUUACUAAUCUGUUACACAAGCAAACGAAGUUAUUAAUGAGUUAGAAUAAACUGUAUAACUACGAUUUGUCACUUGAAAUCCUUUCAAACUAAAAAGGGCAUUGACAAUAAAAAAAUACUUCAAAGGACAUUGACAAUAAAAAAAUACUUUGUCCCAUUCAAAAGAACUCUUAAAAUUAUAUAUUAAACUCUAUUACCGAUUUGUCAUAUCUUGCUUUGUUCUCCAAAUAUUUAGAUCGAAAUUAAUGAGCUGUCCGCCGUCUGUAAUAGAGUUUAAUAUAUAGUUUUACGAGCUUUUUCAAUUGAACUAAACUAUUUUUUUAUUGCCAAUGUCCUUUCAAGAAACUGGGUUAUAUAUAUAUAUAUAUAUCUCAAAAUUUACUUUUUUUUCGGUAUAGAAUUCCGACUCUUAUUGAUGAAUAACUAAGGAUUUUGGAGAAGAGCUUAACUGUACUUUUUUAUGUGAUACUGCAGGAAUAUAAAUAUUCUUUAUUAUAAUAACAUGUCUGUAAGAUUUGAUUUUACAAACGAAUUAGCAUAUAAAAUUUAAAAGUAUUCAACACCAAAGUUCAGGGACAGCGCAGCGAUUUUACGAUUGGGGGUGGGGUGGGGGGGGGGGCUGGUGUUGAGAUGAAUUAAGCUCGCUGCAAACUUCCAUGGGGGUCUGGGGGCAUGUCCCCACCCAGAAAAUGUUGUUCAAGCCCCCCCCCCCAAUUAAUUUCCCCGCAGUUAACUUCAUUACUUGGCGUUUAUGACCAAAACAAACGAAUCAAUAUUAAGUGAAGUAUCUUUUGUCUACCAAAACAUUAGUUUGUAUAUUGAAGUUAUGUAUGCUUAAAACAACGGUUGUUUUUGCUCUAAUUAAUUAAAUAGUACUGUUGCUGUUUUUCUGCAAAUAAAAUAUAAAUUACAUAAAUAAAAUCUAUUAUAUUAGCAAGUAAUUUCUUAAUAUUCUUAUUCUGUAUAUCCCCGCACAAAUUGUAUUUAAGAGUACUAUGUAAAUUACUGGAAAGACCAGAUUCAACAAGGUAGAAAUCAAGGCAAGUAAGAACAUUAAAAAAAUUCAAAAUAAAUUUUGAAUUUGAAACAUAUAUUUCCGAAAUUAUAGCUAGCAAUGUUAAACAUCGUCAAGCUGGUACAAAGCUUUGAAUUUCAGCUCAUAGAUUACCUGUUGAAACUGGUCGCUAUAGCAAUGUUCCAUACGAUCACUCGUUUCGUUCUUUUCAUAAUCAUAAUUUGUUUAUGUAUGUUAUUGCAAUGAAAAUCAAAUCCGCGUGGACAUUUGUAGCCAAGUAUUGCUUCGAUGUCCUAACAAAUUUUGAUCAAUUGUAACCAGGGCCGUACGCAGCGGGGGGUAGGGGGCAACUGCCCCCCCCCCC